UCAACAGACGCUCCAGAGACCCCCUUAGUGGGAGUGACUCCGCCUGGUGUAAUAAAGGAGGGCAGUUCAGUGAAUCUGACCUGCACCAGUGAGGCCAACCCAGUAGCAAAGUACACCUGGUCCAAGGUUACUACAGAUCAUUCCCCCGGACACAGUGUCCAAGGACAACAGCUUUCCAUUCAACCCAUCCAGUCUUCAGACUCUGGACAAUAUCUCUGCACAGCUGACAAUGACUUAGGGACAACAACUUCCUCCCCAUUCUCUAUUGAUGUAAAAUAUGGGCCUAAAAACACAUCUGUGAUACCAAGUCCCCCUGGUGAAAUAAUGGAGGGAGGUUCAGUGACUCUGAGCUGCAGCAGUGAUGCCAACCCAGCAGCUGUCUACACCUGGUUCAAGGACAACCAACCUCUGCCCUGGGAACCAAGGCGACCUUAUACCUUGGACCCAGUCAGCUCUAAAGACAGGGGAACGUACCGCUGCCAAGCAGAGAACCAAUAUGGAUAUCUGGGCUCCAACUCGGUUUUCAUAGAUGUCCUGUACGCUCCAAAGACCCCCUCAGUGAGCGUGAGACCCUCUGGUGGAAUAAAGGGGGGAGGUUCAGUGACUCUGAGCUGCAGCAGUGAUGCCAACCCAGCAGCUGACUACACCUGGUUCAGGGAACAUGGAGGCUCAGUGGAAGAAUUAGGAGAGAACUACACCAUCAGUAACAUCACAACUGAGCUUGGAGGAAAUUAUUACUGUGAAGCUCGUAAUGCAGUUGGACUUAAGAAUUCAACUUUGAUGUUCCUUAAUGUGACAGCCACGCCAUCAUCAAUGCCUACAACUGUGGCAGCAGGAACUGUCGCUGUUUUACUGGCCACCAUGCUCCUCGUCAUCUUCCUCUGGAUGAGAAGAAAGAGGGCUUCUAGGAAAGCACGUGGCCAGGGAGGAAGGCCAGAUACCGGGGAGGAGUCUCCUCCGUGUCCUGUGUAUGACAACGUCUCAGCUCUGACCAAUCGCUCGGCUUCUGCAGCACAGAGAGAACCAAUAGAAGAGCAGGAUGACCCUCACUAUGCCAGCAUCCACAUCUCUCGCUCUAAGAACCAGGAAGUGCCUUGUGGGUUUGCUGGUGUUCUGGUAGAGUCUGAUCAUACAGAGCAGGUCCUUUACUCUGCCAUCAACCUUAAAAGACCCAAGGCUGUCCCUGAAUAAGCACUCUUGAUAGUUCUCGAAAAUAAACUUUGAGGCUUGAGACUUCAUCCUCCAAAGGGACAGCUUGUGGAGGCAAAGGCAAAGCCAUUUAUAAACAUGUACAAUUUACUGAGUUUCUUAACUUCUCUUUUUCACUUCUUCUUUUCACUGAAAGUAAACUGAUGUAAGAUCGGUAUACCACCCUCAAAUAAACAUCCCAGAAAAUGCAUUAUUUUGAUAUAGAAUCAGCAUAACAUUUCUACCAACAAAUUUGUAUUUUAUUGUCAGAAUCUUCACAGUGAUUGUGUAUAUUGUUUAGUUUGUUAGUUACUAAGAAUAUUCCUCUCGCGAGAGAAAAACGCUUUAAAUCAUUUCUUUGUCUGUUGAUAUGGGUGAUGCUAUCACAAAAAAAAGAAAAUAAAUAAACUUAUCACAAAAAGUAAGGAAA